AGCUAAGAUGGUGGCGUCGGUAGCGGCUGCAGCCGGGUGGCUGCAGCGAGCCCUUGGAAGGUCGCCCUCAUGGCGGGGCCCCAGCCGUCGGCCGCUCUCAUCCGAGCCCCCUCCAGCCCCGGCCACGGCCGUGCGAGACGCCUUCGUGAGCUUCUUUCGGGACCGCCAUGGUCACCGGCUAGUGCCCUCCGCUUCCGUGCGGCCCCGCGGCGACCCCAGCUUGCUUUUCGUCAAUGCCGGGAUGAACCAGUUCAAGCCGAUCUUCCUGGGCACCGUGGACCCACGAAGCGAGAUGGCGGGCUUCCGACGUGUGGCCAACAGUCAGAAAUGUGUGAGGGCUGGAGGACGCCACAAUGACCUGGAGGACGUGGGCCGAGAUCUUUCCCAUCACACCUUCUUUGAGAUGCUUGGCAAUUGGGCUUUUGGGGGUGAAUAUUUUAAGGAGGAGGCUUGCAGCAUGGCUUGGGAACUGCUGACCCAAGUCUACAGGAUCCCUGAGGACAGGCUCUGGGUCUCCUACUUCGGUGGUGACCCCAAAGCAGGACUGGACCCAGAUCUGGAGAGCAGGGACAUUUGGCUCAGCUUAGGAGUGCCCGCCAGCCGUGUGCUUUCCUUUGGGCCACAAGAGAACUUCUGGGAGAUGGGGGAUACUGGCCCAUGUGGGCCCUGUACCGAGAUCCACUAUGACCUGGCUGGUGGGGUAGGAGCCCCUCAGCUGGUGGAGCUUUGGAAUCUGGUCUUCAUGCAGCAUAACAGAGAGACAGAUGGAAGCCUGCAGCCCCUGCCCCAGCGGCACGUGGACACAGGGAUGGGCCUGGAAAGGCUGGUGGCUGUGCUGCAAGGCAGACACUCCACCUACGACACUGACCUCUUUUCCCCACUGCUCAACGCUAUACACCAGGGCUGUGGGGCGCCCCCUUACCUGGGCCGGGUAGGGGCAGCAGACGAGGGGCACACAGACACAGCUUACCGCGUGGUAGCCGAUCACAUCCGCACACUUAGUGUCUGCAUUGCCGAUGGUGUCUCCCCUGGGAUGUCAGGUGCCCCGCUGGUUCUUCGUCGGAUUCUCCGUCGAGCCGUGCGGUUCUCUACAGAAGUCUUGCAGGCACCACCUGGCUUCCUAGGCAGUCUGGUGCCUGUGGUGGUGGAGACACUAGGAGAUGCUUACCCGGAACUGCAGAAGAACUCAGCCCAGAUAGCCAGACUUGUGUCGGAGGACGAGGCAGCCUUCCUGGCCUCCCUGCAGAGAGGUCGGCGGAUCAUUGACAGGACCCUGAGGCGCCUGGGGCCUUCUGACGUGUUUCCUGCUGAAGUGGCCUGGUCCUUGUCACUGUCUGGGAACCUGGGGCUUCCCCUGGACCUGGUAGAGCUAAUGCUGGAGGAGAAAGGUGUGCGGCUGGACUCAGCUGGGCUGGAGCGGCUAGCCCGGGAGGAGGCCCAGCGCCGGGCACAGCAGGCUGAGCCAGCUCAGGAGCAAGGACUGCGACUCAACGUCCAUGAGCUUGGGGAGCUGCAGCGCCGAGGGGUGCCCCCAACCGAUGACAGCCCUAAGUACAACUACUUUCUGCGACCCAGUGGGGGUUAUGAGUUCGGAGCCUGUGAGGGCCAGGUGUUACAGCUGUACACAGAGGACGGGAGCGCUGUGACCUCUGUCGGGGGAGGCCAGCGCUGUGGUCUCCUCUUGGACAGGACCAACUUCUACGCUGAACAGGGGGGUCAGGCUUCAGACCGUGGCUAUCUGGUUCGGACAGAGCAGCAGGAUGUACUGUUCCCAGUGGCCCAGGCCCAGCUCUGUGGUGGCUUCAUUCUGCAUGAGGCUGUGGCCCCUGAGUGUCUGCAGGUGGGGGACCAGGUGCAGCUGCAUGUGGAUAAGACCUGGCGCCUGGGCUGCAUGGAGAAGCACACAGCCACCCACCUGCUGAACUGGGCGCUGCGGCAGGCCCUGGGCCCUGGCACGGAGCAGCGAGGCUCCCAUCUCAAUCCCGAGCGGCUGCGCUUUGACGUUGCCACCCAGGGCCCACUGACGCCACAGCAGCUCCAGGCAGUGGAGGACACUGUACAGGAGGCUGUGGGGAAGGAUGAGCCUGUGUACAUGGACGAGGUGGCCCUGGCACUCACUGCACACGUCCCUGGCCUGCGCUCCCUGGAUGAGGUGUACCCAGACCCGGUGCGGGUGGUGUCAGUAGGGGUGCCUGUGGCCCAGGCACUGGACCCAGCCUCUCAGGUUGCACUGCAGACCUCCGUGGAGCUGUGCUGUGGGACUCAUCUGUUACGGACAGGGGCUGUGGGGGAUCUGGUUAUCAUCGGGGAGCGCCAGCUAGCCAAGGGCACCACCCGCCUGAUGGCCAUCACUGGGGAGCAGGCCCAGCAGGCCCGAGAGGUGGGCCAGAGCCUAGCCCAGGAGGUGAAAGCAGUCACAGAGCGGCUGAGUCGGGGCAGCCGGGAUGUGGUGGAUGCGCAACGCCUAUCCAAGGACAUAGGACGACUCACUGAUGCUGUGGACACUGCAGUGAUGCCCCAGUGGCAGCGGCGGGAGCUUCAGGCAACACUGAAGGUGCUGCAGCGGCGUGCCAACACUGCCAUCCGCAAGCUGGAGACAGGGCAGGCAGCAAAGAAAACCCAGGAGCUGCUGGAACGGCACAUGAAGGGGCCUCUGAUUGUGGACACAGUCCCCACUGAGUCCCUGUCAGUGCUGGUGAAGGUGGUGCGGCAGCUGUGUGAGCAGGCCCCCAGCACAUCCGUGCUGCUGCUCAGCCCCCGGCCCCUGGGGAAUGUGCUGUGUGCCUGUCAGGUGGCCCAGGGUGUCACACCUGCCUUUACAGCAGAGGCCUGGGCACUGGCUGUGUGCAGCCACAUGGGAGGCAAGGCGUGGGGCUCUCGAGUCGCGGCCCAGGGCACCGGAAACACUGCUGACCUGGAAAGUGCCCUCAGCACAGCCCGAGCCUAUGCCCUCAACCAGCUCUGACCCAGGCCCACCCGGGGGCCGAUGUGAACAAAGAGACAGUGGACAUGCCAGUGCCAGGAGCCCUGAGGAGCUAGCUGAAUCUCCUCAGAGGGUGAAGCAGAGGGCUGGAGGCUGAGAAACUGAGCCAGAGAGGGCCACCCUGAGGCAGGCCCUGACUGAACACAGGGAGAUGGGGACUGGGGAAGGCGGAAGUGGGUCCAGAGACACACCCCUACGUGGUGGCUGUCGUGGCUGUGAAUGCUCAUUAAAAAGUAUUUCACACAGGAUAGGAAGCUAGAAGAUUCUUUUAUUUUUUAAAAAAAGCAGACUUUUCCCUCCCAGCAACCUGUUAUGCAUGCCCCAUCACCAGUCUAUCCCCUCACACUAGGCUGAAAGGCCACCCAGGAUCCAAAUCAGGACCGCCCUCACGGCCACAAGUGCUCAGACAGGUUCUGUAUGCAGGGCCGACAAAGACCCCUGAUUGCC